UCUUGGAAAGAGGUCAGAGCAAGGCCCAACAUUUGUUGAGUUUGCUAUGUGGUGCACACGAUCUAGGAAGCAAGGAUACAAAAUUGAGGAUAUUUAGACUAGAGGAUUCAAGGUUGAGACAAUUUAACAUUUGAAAAUAUGUGAAUGAUUUAUUAUGCAGCAGAGGGCAAUUAUCUGUGUUGAGUUUCUGAUGAGGAUAAUUAAGAGGGAAAAGGUUUACUCUGUGGGGUGAAGACAUAAGUUGAGUCUAGAGUGUUGUGGCCAAUCCAGCCAGCAAAGAUUGGUUAAACAGUGGAAGGACUGCUGAAAAAAUUCCUGUACAUGCUUAUUUCUGGAGGUUCCAUCCCCCAACCCCGAGCUUCUCCUCUUUCUGAGAUGACUUAAGUAUGUGAGGCUCUGUUCUAUUGCUUAUACUGAUACUGAUUGAAAUUUUACCCUCCAGGUUUAGAAUUUAUCCAAGCAUUUCUCAAGUGCUUAAAUCUUUUCUGAAAUGACAAACUCAUUUCUAGGCUUCUGCCCCUCCUGCUUAGGUAAAUAAAUGAUAGGUUCCUUUCCAAAAACUUGGAGAUAUUUGUCCUCUGGGAAGCUCUUAAUUAAUUUGCAGAUUUGCUACCUCAUUGGUGAGACUUUGAAUAAAAAUAUCUUAUGCAUGGUAAUAAGGACAGUCUUUGUUAAUGCAUUUGUUCUUUAAGAAUAUUGUGUUAUUCCUGAUCGAUUGAGUUUUUUCUUCUCCUGGAUUUUCUGUAAUAAGAUCUUAAAAUUUAAUUGCUUAAAUUAAAUUAAGUACUUAAUUCAACAUGCGUAAAUAUCUAAGGGAAUUAGAUAGUACCCUCAUGGCAGGUGUAUGUUAAGGUUUGAUUUUCUAAGCAUUGAAACCUGAAAGCCCAUCCCUUUAAACAAAUGGGAUGAAAUUCCCAAAUGACUAUAAAAGUAAUAAUUGCAUAUAAUUAUAUAGUAAUUUUGGAAAGUGGAAGGGAAACACAAGUGCGUAUUUGCACAGAAAUUUUCAAUGUUCUUACACCAAUUGUUGAUGCCAGUGCCAAACACUGAAUGGGCUGUGGAUGACCAGCCACCGUUAGUCAAUUACCACAUUUUCAGUUUAAUAUGGCUACCAUUUUCCCGAAAGCUCUCCUUCCAACUUUUGAGACAUUUGUUUCUAAAUGUUAUCAAGUACACAGUGCAAAGAUAUCAGUGUUAGAGAAACACGGAUUUAUUAUGCCCCUUCCAAAAUUUGAAGUUUUCCCUUACUUGGUCCCAGCCACCUCCCACCCCUCCCAUGGGAUUGAUAGGGGAAUGGUUGCAAUUCAGAAUACUUAGAAUCUACCUAGUCCACAGGUGAAAUACAUUUAAAGGGGAUGAAGUAUGACCUGGGCAGUCCUAAGGCUUUGCAGGAGUUGGUGAUCUGGUCCAGCCCCAGCAUUGGUCCUAGCCCUGGUAAAAGCAGGGUCCCAGCAGUUGUGGGACUAUUAUCUUCACUUGGCCACCUGCAGGUUCCUGAUUAUCCCACAGUACCCAGUGCCUACUGGUUGGUUGGGGGAAUUGUUCUGUGCAUGGAAAUGACAUCAGAGGCAUGCUGCCUACUAUGGGGGACUUCUAUCUGGACAGAACUGUUUUGUGCCCUGCUGGCUUCUGCUGCCCUCUGUGGUCUUGUCUAGGGAAGAAGUCCAAAUUGAAGGCAGGCGGUGGCUUCACAAAGCUAGAAGCAUGUGAAGUCUAGUUUUGUAGUUUUGCACUGGACUUUCUUAGAGAGCUAAGGAAAGCUAUUGGCCGGUGCUCCUGCAGUGACCGGCACUGGAGAAAGACAGCCUUAUCAGAGCUCAGUUUCCAGGGCCGGAAACGGAAGGUUGACAUGAAAUCCUUUCCAACAUGUCUUCUGGUGUGAGAUUCCACAAAAUUGAUCAUUGUUCAUUCUGCCACCCAUCUGCUUUAAGACACAAGGUGCUGACCGCAGAGACCUGCCAUGAAACCACACUUGAAGCAAUGGAGACAACGAAUGCUUUUCGGAAUAUUCGCUUGGGGGCUCCUCUUUUUGCUGAUUUUCAUCUACUUCACUGACAGCAACCCCGCUGAGCCUGUGCCCAGCUCCCUUUCCUUCCUGGAGACCAGGAGGCUCCUGCCGGUGCAGGGGAAGCAGCGGGCCAUCAUGGGCGCCGCGCACGAGCCCUCCCCGCCUGGGGGUCUGGACGCACGCCAGGGGCUUUCCCGCGCCCACCCAGCCAGUUCCUUUCACGCAGGGCCUGGAGACCCGCAGAAAUGGGCCCAGUCCCAACAUGGGUUUGAACAUGAAGAGUUUUUUUCACCCCAGGUGGGAAGAAAAUCUCAAAGUGCUUUCUACCCGGAGGAUGACGACUACUUUUUUGCUGCUGGGCAGCCAGGGUGGCACAGCCACACUCAGGGGACGUUGGGAUUCCCUUCCCCCAGGGAGCCAGGCCCGCGGGAUGGGGCUUUUCCGGCUGCACAGGUCCAGAGGAGGCGGGUGAAGAAGAGGCACCGGAGGCAGAGAAGGAGCCAAGUGUUGGACGAGGGCGACGACGGCGACAGGCUGUACUCCUCCAUGUCCAGGGCCUUCCUGUACCGGCUCUGGAAGGGGAACGUCUCCUCCAAAAUGCUGAACCCGCGCCUGCAGAAGGCGAUGAAGGAUUACCUGACCGCCAACAAGCACGGGGUGCGCUUCCGCGGGAAGCGGGAGACCGGGCUGAGCAGGGCACAGCUACUGUGCCAGCUGCGGAGCCGCGCGCCCGUGCGGACGCUGGACGGCACCGAGGCGCCCUUCUCUGCGCUGGGCUGGCGGCGCCUGGUGCCCGCCGUGCCCCUGAGCCAGCUGCACCCGCGCGGCUUGCGCAGCUGCGCUGUCGUCAUGUCUGCAGGCUCAAUCCUCAACUCCUCCUUGGGCGAGGAAAUAGAUUCUCAUGAUGCAGUUUUGAGAUUUAACUCUGCUCCUACACGUGGUUAUGAGAAAGAUGUUGGGAAUAAAACCACCGUACGCAUCAUUAAUUCGCAGAUCCUGACCAACCCCAGCCAUCACUUCAUUGACAGUUCACUGUAUAAAGACGUCAUUUUGGUGGCCUGGGAUCCUGCGCCAUAUUCCGCAAAUCUUAACCUGUGGUACAAAAAACCGGAUUACAACCUGUUCACUCCAUAUAUUCAGCAUCGUCAGAGAUACCCAAAUCAGCCAUUUUACAUUCUUCAUCCUAAAUUUAUAUGGCAGCUCUGGGAUAUUAUCCAGGAGAACACUAAAGAGAAGAUUCAGCCAAACCCACCUUCUUCUGGUUUCAUUGGAAUCCUCAUCAUGAUGUCCAUGUGCAGAGAGGUGCACGUGUACGAAUACAUCCCGUCCGUGCGGCAGACGGAGCUAUGCCACUACCACGAGCUGUACUACGACGCAGCCUGCACCCUUGGGGCGUACCACCCGCUGCUCUAUGAGAAGCUUCUGGUGCAGCGCCUGAACACAGGCACGCAGGGGGAUUUGCAACGCAAGGGCAAGGUGGUUCUGCCUGGCUUCCAGACGGUGCACUGCCCUGCACCGAGUCCAGUCAUUCCACACUCUUAAAAAGGGUUUCUUGGGAAUCAAUGUGCAAUAAGGUACUACUGUUGUACUCAAAGUCACAAAAGAAUACUUGAAGAUAGAUUCUAGACAAUGUAGUUUUGAGUCUUUAAACUGUAAUUUAGUGGUGGUCAUGAGAAUUCUUCACUUUCUAAGCCAUUGAGUAUUUAUUACUGCUUUGAAUAUAGAAACGGAUUUUUUAAAAAGUAGGGCACAAGAAAGAUGCAAAACGAAGGAUAGCUAGAAAGAAAACAUGUGUAUGACCAUGGGUAUGGCACCUCCAGAAAUGUUAACAACUUACUCUUCUGCCAUGAGUACCCCUCAUCAGGGUUGGUUUCAGUAAUAGGUUUUGGUGAUGCUCCUGACCACAGGAAGUGGUUUAUAUUUAGAAACAUCCAAGUUGAGGGACAUCAUUUACAGCAUCAAGUGCAUCACUGAUACAUGCCUUCAUCAUUAAAUAUCCUAGGUUUUAUGACAAACAUUGAAAUUAUCACUCAGAUGUGUUUUACAGCAAAACUUCACAGCACAUCCUGGCAAAUGCUUGUGUUUCCAGCCGUUGCAUUCUUCAUCUGUGCUUCCCAUUGCCCACUGAAUGCUUUGCUUUCUGUGCGUCAAGACGAAGCUCUAGAACCAGAAAACAUACACCUUGAAAGGUCCAAGAAAAAGCCAAAUUCCAUAUAGCAGCACAGAGGAGGCCCUUUGUUUCCCUGCAGAAUUUCAACCAGGAGCAUUAGUAUCACAUCCACCAGGAGGCACAUCACUGGCAAGUAACACAGAAUCACGGGGCUGCAGGUGCCCCUGGACACUCCCCGGUUCCGGCUGUUCUGCCUUGUACCUCCUCACCUGCAGAUCUACCCCACAGCUUUUGCGUAGUCAGUGACACACCUGACAAUUGGCACAGCCAUGCUGGGGAAGACAAGAAACAUCUCGCUCCUUCCAAACUAGAAGGAAAGAUUUCGGAGCCGUCACUCUGUGCUUCUAGGGAUGCACGCCUGUCUUUAUUGUAUGAGUUUCUGGCAGGUUUCAUCAACCAGGGGGAGCUCAAGAGUGAUGAGCACUGAAUCUUCACUAAAUCUUCCUACAGACAUUUAGGAAUCCAAUCCUUGCUUUCGCAGAUAUGUUUUAUGUCAGCAGCAUGACAAAGCCAUAUAAUUAAAUCAUUUAUGCGAAAGCAUUGCUUAUUAACAAGGAAAAUAUCUAGAUGCUUCAGAGGGAAACGCACCUAGAGGGAAAUUUUCAUCCCAAUAUGUUAGCUAUAUUCAGGGUUGAUUUUUUUUUUUAAUCUCAACUGUCACUGAUACACUAACAUUUUUUGCCGAGAAUAUAGUGAAACAGAAACAUUUUGUAAUACUUCAAUUAAACAUGCUAUUAUUUCAAUGUAUAACCAAAACGUAUCUCCAUGGUACAGUUAAGACUUGUUGCAGUGACAAUAGCAGCUUAAUUAAAGGCGUUCUCCCUUGCAAAGUGUAUGAAUGUCAGGAGAGUUUAGUGGAAAAGUUUUACUUGUUUCAGGAUUGGUUUCUAGACUGUUCUCAGGACUAUUUUCUUGAGCAAGAACGGCUUACAGAGACUGGCGGCUUCUGUUUGGUUAGUCUACUCAGCAGAUAUGGAGCUGAACAACAAGACAUCUCCUAUAGCUUAUUAUAAUAGUGAAGGAAAAAUUGGAAAGUCUUAAUCACAACAAUAUCCAAUAAAAGCCCAUUUUGAGAGUUUUGUUAUUAAGUCUAUGAGAAGGGAUAGAUAACUUUGUCCUAUGUAUUAACUUAUGUCUAAAUAGACAUGGUUAAGCCAUGUUCCUUUCUAAUUUCUUUUUCUUUUCUUUUUUUUUUUUUUGAAACGGAGUCUCGUUGUGUCACCCAGGCUGGAGUGCAGUGGUGCCAUCUCGGCUCACUGCCAGCUCCACCUCCUGGGUUCACACCAUUCUUCUGCCUCAGCCUCCCAAGUAGCUGGGACUACAGGUGCCCACCACCAUGCCCGGCUACUUUUUUGUAUUUUUAGUAGAGACAGGGUUUCACCGUGUUAGCCACGAUGGUCUCGAUCUCCUGACCUUGUGAUCUGCCUGCCUUGGCCUCCCAAAGUGCUGGGAUUACAGGCGUGAGCCACCCGUGCCCGGCCGUUCCUUUCUAAUUUCUUGAAAGAACUUGGUCUCGUCCUUAUGUUUACAUGUGUGUAAUCAGUUCAGCAACUCUGGAAUGUGGGUGAGGUGGCUCUGGUGGGUGAAUAUUACUCCCUACAAUCCUUGGCUUUUUCUAGAUCUUCCCGGCCAUUAAAUGCCCCUGACUAUUGAAGCUCCUUUUAUAGUUUUGCGAGUGGAUUUACUUGUAGGCAUCCUCACUAUCCAGCACAGUCCCCCUUGGCUGACAUGAGAACUUGGUUAGGGGAGAAUUUAUGGGGGUCAGUGUAAGUAUUCAAGUUCAAAAGCCUCAGAACCCCACACUUAAAAGAUUUUUAAAUAGAAUUUUGUUGUAAUCAUUGUACUUUUAAAAUAGUACUUUCAGUUUCACUGAGGUUACAGGAAAGACUGAAGAGUACGACGGAAAUUUAAUUACAAUUUUUGCUUUUAUUAUAGCCUUAAAGACUCUUGGGAAUCAGGGUCUGUUCAACAGUCAGUAAAUGUAAUACACAUAUUAAUAUAGUAUUGACUGGGCAUUCUUCUAUAAAAGUUUAAGUUAUUUAACUUCUAAAAAAUGUUAGGCAGUUACAGUUAACGUGAUGACUACUUCUAGUAUUAGCCAAAUGGGUCCUAAGUGGCAGUAUUUUGCCAGACAUUGACUAAAUCUUUACAUGCCUAAAUCCUUACAUUUACUGAAUUCCAGUAAACACAUAGUUCUUCUGUGGAGUAGUUAACAAUAAGUGGCAGGUCACUGAAUUUCUCCCAGGUUCUGUCUCUUCCAAAAUCCUCCAUCCUCUCUUAUGAAGGGAAGCUGGUAAAAAAUCCUCUUGGUGCAAGCCAAAGCUGUUAAGGAUUCCUUUCUGCACUCUCAGGACCAACAAACAUUCUUUUGUAUUUCAAGAUAAUUUCACCCAUUGUUGUUGUUGUUAUCACAAAGAAACAAAUUUUGACCAGCAAUGACAAUUCAACCACAUCUAGACUCUCCCUAACUUAUUUCUCCAGCGGGUCACACCAAGCAGGCGGGUAACCUUUAACAGACCUGGUGUUCUCAUGGAAUACCAAUGCUCGUCCCAGGGAGCUGACCUUUCCCACUACGUCCUUAUAGAGCUGCUCCUACAGAGAACUUUGUGCUCAGGACCAAGGGAUGGUCAAUUAAAAGUUGCAUGUCAGCAUCAGGCUUGUGCAUUAAAAUGGGCAAGGGGGGCUUUUAUACAUCUUUGAAUGACCAGGUAUUUCCUUGUCUGCCUGAAGGCAGAGCUUUGAGGAACAGCACUUCCCAUGUGUCUGGUCCUCUUGGUCUCUCAGCUGGACACUUAAUCAACCCUGGACUCUCCAGUAGUCCUCGGUCAUUGUAGCCAUAGCAUCUGCACAAAAAGAAGUGCUAAAAUAAUCAUUAGCAUUUUCAAAAUUAGGAAAUCAAAGUAGCUGGGUCACUCUCUUACAUGUAUAUGAGCCAGGUCAUUCUGCUGGGACGGAUCAUACUCAUGCUGCUGAUUGACUCUUCUAAGCAGUAACACAUCUCCUGCAUUAAUUAGGUAGAUCCCGUUUGGGUGCAUUAAGUGGGAUCAGUCUUAGAUGAGUGCCAGUAUAUGAUAGAAGAAUUUCAUACAAACAAAUGCCAUGAUUCAAGUUCUCUCUCCAAUUUUUCUUAUCGAUCAACAUGCAGUACAUGUGGUCAGUUACCUGGUUGAAUUUCUGCUUAGCUGUGGUAAGAGACAGAGAAAGGGAGUGAGGUGGGAUCAGGGGAAUUAUCAGAGAGACAUGAGUGAACCUAUUGGCCAGGUAGCUUCCAAGUCUGUUCUAUUGUAUUGUCUGUUUCGAUUUCUGACUUUCUGAUAGUUUAGAACUCUUACCCAGUGGUUACGUGACUGAUCAAGGCAACUCUAUCUGGAAAUUAAUUGUUUAGGUAAAAUGUUCCUGAGUUUCAACUUGUCUUUUAUACUCUGGAUAUCCUCAUUGUGAGAUUAUUAUGCAUGUUUGUGUCACAUGGGCAUUAUUUACACACUUGAUAAAUGAAAGGUAUUUCUCUGUCGGUUCAAGGAAAUAAAAUGUAAGUUCUUGUUUUAUUAAAUGAAUGAAGCCUUUUGGUUAAAAAAAAAGUAAUCUAACAUGUUUCUGUUCAAACUUGAGCUGAUGAAAUUUAAAGAAGUAAAGACAAUGAUCUAGUUCUUAGUAUAAAAAGCAUACAUGUAGUAGAUAUAGUUAUAUAAGUGUGUAUAUACAUAUCUACAAACAUGGUUGGUUUCAUAUUGCUUUUUCAUCAAUGUUUUUGACUGAAACCUUUACUAUAAAUUUUAUUUUAAUUAUGUAACCACUAAUAUUUUAAAAGAAGGAAACAAAUGUUAUAUGUCCUUCUGUUAAAAAAAAAAAAUUCAGUCCUCUGCCAACCGCUUCCCACACACUCAUACUCUGCACAUCUUGGAUACGUUAAAAUGGUCUGACAGAAUUAUUUAAAAGGCACUAUGUAGGUAGAACACUACCUUAAUAUUGUAUCCUAGUCAGAAGCCUGAUUUAACACUGAACUUUGAAGGGAAGCUUAGCUAUAGCUCAUGGCUUUCAAAGACUAGAAGAAACUUUUACUGGUUCUAUGGAAAAUAGUCUUCUUGCAAGGUAGAUUUGAAACAAAGAAAUUGCACUGGGAGUGGUAAAAUCUAACAUUUAUAACAAAUCCUGUUUUACUCUAGAUGAAAUACUUAGUUCUUCCAGUGGAAACCAGUGAACUUUUUUAACAGCUUUGGGAAUUCUUUUGUAUAAUAAUUUUUAAAAUGAAAUGUGUACUCUUCAAACUAAUUAAGGCUUGAAGUUUUCCAGGAGUCGCAUUUUAAAAGUGUUUGUACACAUUUUAACACUUUGAUAUUUUCUAUUUUGGUUUUGUAUAUUUUUAUGUAUACACAAUGUACAGACUUUUUUCUUGUAAAUAAAACAUGUUUUCAUUUGUCUAGAA